AGUGUCUGCCUGUCUAUUUGGGAGAAGAGACCCGCCCACCUUAAUAAAGACUGGACCUCCGCUCCUCCAAUCCAGACAAAAGGAGAGAGCGACAGAUGAGCGGAGGUGCGCACUGAGCCGAGCAUCUGAGCACCUUUGGAGACGCCUCUGAACAGACGCGCAAUAACGCACCGGCCCCGGCGACACGCACACGCCCUCCACAUCCACCUGAAUCCGCUCCAGACCGUUCAAUUGUUCUGUCUGAAGGCCCCGGCAACAAGAGUCUGAGCCCCGGUUCAUUCGCAGCCAGAACACCGUGUUCCCAUGAUGUCAUACCUGUGGAUUCUGCUAUUAGGAAGCCUGCUGGCUGGAAGCGCCAAGGCACAAGAUGGUGAUACAGAAGCAGCAGAAGAGACACCUGCUGUCCCUGAAGAGGAUGUGGAGGCAGAAGAAGAGACUGCAGAUGGAACUGAGGGGACAGAGGAAGUAACUGAGGAUGACGGCACAGAAGACACAGAAGAAACAGCUGACGACACGGCUGGUGGAGAUGCAGAAGUAACAACUCCAGCACCUGGAGACGAGGAGGAAACAGAGGAAGAUGCAGAAGAAACAACUCCUGCACCUGCAGAUGCAGACCCAGCCGAUGGAGAUGCAGAAACAGAAGCAGAAGUAACAACUCCUGCACCUGGAGAUGAAGAUGCAACAGAGGAAGAUGCAGAAGAAACAACUCCUGCACCUGGAGACGAGGAUGCAACAGAGGAAGAUGCAGAAGGAACAACUCCUGCGCCGGCACCUGUAGAUGCAGAUGUAGAUGUAGAUUUAGAUGCAGAAGCAACAACUCCAGCACCUGGAGAUGAAGUUACAGAAGAUGAAGAUACAGAAGCAACAACUCCUGCACCUGCACCUGCAGAUCCAGAGCCAGCAGAUGGAGAUGCAAAAGCAUCAACUCCUGCACCUGUAGAUGCAGAUGCAACAACACCUGCAGUUGUAGCUGUAGAUCCAGCAGCUGGGGACUCAGGUGCAGCAGAUGCAACAACACCUGCAGCUGGAGAUGCAGCUGCAGGUGGAGAUGCAGGUGGAGAUACAGCUGCAGAACCAGCUGCAACAGAAGCAGCUCCAGUACCUGAUCCUGUGGAUGAUGCACCACAAGAGACAACAACAAAGAGUGAACCUGUGUUGGAUCCAGUUGCUCCAGUUGCUCCUGAAGAACCAGUAGUUGAAGAAGUAAUUGAACAAAGUAAAAGUGGAAGAUCCUAUUCAGGUUUCGACUUGAGUGACGCACUGUCCCCACAGAGUACAGACAGUCCACAACAGUCAGAGAUCCGCAGCGAAGAAACUGAAGAUGCACCUAAGGCCAAAGAGGGUUCAGGUUCCUUAGCGGCCAUCCUGUCUGCGGUUGUCGUGGCAGCAGUGGGAGCAGUCACCGGAUACUUCACCUAUGUGAAGAAGAAACUGUGCUUCCAAAAUAGACAGGAAGCAGAUCCAGAAGCUGCACGCAAAGCUGACGCAGCAGCAGAGGCUCAGUCAGAUCCCCAAGUUCUGAGCAACCUGCUGCCCUCGUCUUAAACCUGCAAUGAUCACAUGACUGCCUGGACCAACUACAGUCAAGCAAAGUGGCAAUCUCACUGUUAUGCUCUACCCUCUGUAGAGCUAAAUUACUGUGAGGCCCUAGAGUAGGGCUGUGUGUAUGUGCAUAUGUGUGUGUGUGUGUGUGUGUGUGUGUGUUUCAUUGUGUGUGUGUGUGUGUGUGUGUGUGUGUUUGCAGGUGCGAUUGUUGUCUGUGUGUAUUCAUGCUUGUGUGUUCAGAAAUAUGGGGUAGGAGUUAGAGUAGAGAAAAUACGUAAAUAUAUGUGAACUAUAACAGUUUUAAGAUUGUCACAACAUAAUCUAUGAAAACUAUUUCUCAGAAUGUUUUUGUUAACCAAAUUCAUUUAAAAGUGGCCAUUAGGAGAUUAAAUCUCACAUUGAAUAUGACCAUGAAAUGGCUAAACCAUAAAAAAAAACAAAACUUUUUAUUUUUCAUUUAAGUGGCCACUAUUCUGUUAUUAUAAUUCAGUGUGAAUAUAAUCCAGAGACAGAUAUUGAUAUUGUAGACAUUUAACCUAGUACUGAAUUCAUGCAUUUUCUUUCAUUCUGUCAUUGCAGGUUUUUUAGCGUAGUUGUCUGCAGUGGUUGCAAUACAAAUGUAGGGUUAAGUAGAUUACAGGGGGCUUCAGUACCUACCACUGUAUUUCCCAGACCCCAGAUGACAAUGUAAUGAUCCGAACUGUUUUGACGGGUCUCUGAUGUCAGUGUAUGUUUGUGUGUGUUUCUGUUCCAGUGUGUGUUUUGAUCGGUGAAGGGGCUUAGGUGUAAAUCCUGUUGGGCGACUACCACUUCUCUUGAGUCAAUUUCAACCAAUUCAAUGGAGUCACAUUUUACACCAAUAUUUCUUUUAGAGACUUUGUCAAUGAAUUAACACACACACAUCAAAAAAAAAAAAAAAAAAAAGAUCAGUUUGGUCAUAAACAGAAGAUGCUUUACUGGGGGUGAGUUGAAAUGAAGUUUAACCCUGUUCCUGUCAAUGGAUGAAUGUUCACGUGGACAUAGACAUGGACACGGACACAGGUCAAGUAGUGAUGUUUUAGGCAUCGUUCUGAUGUACAGUAGUGUGUAUCAGUCAUGUGGUGAUGCAGUAAUUUCUCCUCCAUAGUGCCUUUCACUGGCACAGCCUGGCUUGAUCGACCCAGAGACACUCAAAGAAGAGUGAAAACUUGCAAAAUAGUAAAUGAAUGUAUCCAACACACACACACACUAUAAUUAUGUACCGACACUUUGGAUCUUAGUCGCAUAAUUCUUUACAUAUCUCAAACAGCAACAUUAUUGUAUAGUUUUGUAACAGCUGCUGUAUCUUCAGUCAUAGUGCGCUGGUUUUCUGUAAUACUCGUAUCUUCGUUGUGUGUCUCUAAAGUUGAGCAAGCCACGUGCUGUCGCGGUGUUUUUUUGUAUCAUUCGUAUUUCCACAUUACGAACACCACUCACCUGUGACUUUUAUAUGAAUACUUUACAUUUAGCAAGUGGUGCCUACGAGCUGACAACAGAUAGAUUUCAGCCAACUCGUCCGCUUUGGUAUUUUGUGACUAAUAUUGUGAAAGGCCUCAGAAUCAGCGCUAUCUAUCGCCUUUUUUAAAGCCCAACUUUAUUCUGUUUUUUUUUUUUUUUAUUGUUGUUGUUGUUGUUUUUUUUGCCACUGUAGCACAAAAAUACUAACUUCUGAAUGUCUUUUUGUUGCCUUGCAGUUUUGUACUUGCUCUGCUCCCUUUAAACUCUGAAAAGGUUCUAGAGGUCACGUAGUGCUGCAGUACAUGUUAAGUGUGUUACUUGUAAAGCACCAUAUAGCUGCAAUACAGGACAGAGACUGUUGCUUAACAGCCUUGCCUCAAGUUGAAAAAUAUGAAUAAUCUGUGAUGUCACAUCAGUAAAUUCUACUGUAUGAACUGUGUGGGCUCGACGCUGGGUCAAAGCUCUGUUUGACAUGCCUUCUUUAGCCUGUAAUCUGUGAUAGACUGACUUUCUCUCGACGCGAGGAACGAACCGAAAAGUGCGUCUGAAACAUUUUUGCUACAUCUGCUGCAACGGCAUAGGGUGACAAUGCACAAAAUACCAACAAAAACACACAGUACAAACUUUUGGAUACAGCCACAGAUGCCUUUAAAAUAAAAAAAAAUCACUUAUUUUCUGCAGCACCAAUAGGACUCGUCAAUAGCACACCGCUGUCCGCCGAUAAACACAAAUCAUGACAGCCAAUCCCUUAAAACACUGACUGCUUGUGUUUUUGAGCCUACCCAACAUUUAUAACCGCAACCUAAGCAGUCUGAUUCCUUGUAAACACAAAUUAUUGGAGCACGGCAUCCAAACCUGAAUGUAAACAGAGGAAUCGGAGACGUAUUGGGUCCUGAAGUGCACUUUCACAGAUAAUACUAGGGCAUCGAUCACAGCGCCGACCAGUCCUGCCUUAAAGACGCCAUCAACAAUAAGAAACAGUGAAACAAGCAGAGAUGUUUGAUGCAGGUGAUUUUAUUAACACAAUAUUAACGGGAGAAGCACUUUCCUAUCCUGUAUACAUCUUGACUCAUUAGCAUAUUUAGACAAUUCACUUUUGACUUAGACUAGUGUAAGACUCGACUCUUUUUAUUUAAAUAUUCUGUGUUUUUAUUUUAUGUAGGAUCUGUCUUCAUUAAGUCAUCUGGCACUUGUUCUUUCUGGAAUUGUGUAAAUAAUGUUUGAGGAGACAUUAAAUAGUUUUCGUGGGA